AUGCAGAUAGUGAAAGAGAAGUCUACACGAGAUAGUUAUCACGAUAUGAAAAAAGCCAUUAUGGCUCGUUUGAUCAACAACCGAGAACACAAAAGCAACGUAAGUAGUCAAACAAACAAUCCCAUUUCAGCAGUUAGCCACAAUUCUUCAUGUUCAUCUCUUACCGCUAUGGGUAGGUCAUCUGUUUUUCCGCUUCUAAACGCUGCGAUGAUACAAUUUCAAAGUGGCUUGUUGACUGGAAAAAUUUGUGGUUGUGAUUUUGGAGAAAACUGCACACAUUUGACAGAAAAUAUCAAAUCUAAACGCAAUCAGACGUGGAACGUUAAAGAUAUUUCUGGAUCUACCACUGCAACUUCUUCUGUGGCUACCAACUCUUUAUUGACAAAUCAGAUCAACAAACCAACAUUAUUAAAUAAUGUUGUAUGUGGUACACCUACGCUAGAAACAGUAUUUGAAAGCUAUGACGGAGAAAAUGAUGAAAACUCUAAUUACGAUUUGAAAAAAUAUAAAAAAACACACAACGAAGAAAGUAAAAAUAAUUCGAUACAUCAUUCUGAAAGAGAGACAAAAACUUUUGUUAACACAUUUAAAAGUGAUAUUCAGUACGAAAAUAAUAGACCAAAAACAAAAAUAAAAAAAUUGAAUUUUUUCGAAUAUGAAAACAAUCAGAUUGGAAUGGAUUCAAAAAAUAAAUUACAGGAAUCACGUGAUUAUUUAAAAAAUAGUGAAAAAAUUAAUGCUGAAAUGAAAGAACAUGACAUGGAAGCCAAAAAGUAA